UGUGUUUGCCCGUUAUGGACCAGUGUGGAGACAACAGAGGAAGUUCUCUCAUUCAACUCUUCGUCAUUUUGGGUUGGGAAAGCUUAGCUUGGAGCCCAAGAUUAUUGAGGAGUUCCGAUAUGUGAAAGAGGAAAUGCAGAAGCACGGAGAAGAGCCCUUCUGUCCUUCUGCCCUCGUCAGCAAUGCCGUCUCUAACAUCAUCUGCUCCCUGUGCUUCGGCCGGCGCUUUGAUUACGCCAAUAGCGAGUUUAAGAAACUGCUUGGUUUUAUGUCACGAGGGUUAGAAAUCUGCCUGAACAGCCAGCUCCAGCUGGUCAACAUAUGCUCCUGGCUUUAUUACCUUCCCUUUGGACCAUUUAAGGAAUUAAGACAAAUUGAAAAGGAUAUAACCAGUUUCCUUAAGAAAAUCAUCAAAGAGCAUCAAGAGCGUCUGAAUGGAGAGAACCCUCAGGACUUCAUAGACAUGUACCUUCUCCACAUGGAAGAGGAGAGGAAAAAUAACAGCAACAGCAGUUUCGACGAAGAGUACUUAUUUUAUAUCAUUGGAGAUCUCUUCAUUGCUGGGACUGAUACCACAACUAACUCUUUGCUUUGGUGCCUGCUGUAUAUGUCAGUGAACCCCAGUGUACAAGAAAAGGUUCAUGAAGAAAUCGAAAGGGUCAUUGGUCCCAACCGAGCCCCUUCCCUCACAGACAAGGCCCGGAUGCCUUAUACUGAAGCCACCAUCAUGGAGGUGCAGAGGCUGAGCGUGGUGGUGCCGCUUGCCAUUCCUCACAGGACCUCGGAGAACACAGUGCUCCAAGGGUAUACCAUUCCUAAAGGCACAGUGAUCCUACCCAACUUGUGGUCGAUACACAGAGACCCAGCCAUUUGGGAGAAGCCAGAGGAUUUCUGCCCUCAUCGAUUUCUGGAUGACCAAGGACAACUUAUUAAAAAAGAAACCUUUAUUCCUUUUGGGAUAGGGAAGCGGGUGUGUAUGGGAGAACAGCUGGCAAAGAUGGAAUUAUUCCUCAUGUUUGUGAGCCUGAUGCAGAGCUUCACUUUCGCUUUGCCUAAGGAUUCUGAGAAGCCCAUCCUGACUGGAAAAUUUGGUCUAACUUCAGCCCCACAUCCAUUUAAUAUAGUCAUUUCUAAGAGAUGAAGAGCAUCUCCAGGAAGAGAUGGUAAAAAGAUAUCUGAAUAUAUAAAUAUAAAAUAUAUAGAUUUGUGUCCUUCUAAACAGAUUCUUCCUGCUGCAGUUGACAGUGUAUCCAGCAACUCCGCAGAUCCAGGUUUGGCUCAGAUUAGAGAAAGACUAGAAGGAGCGAGAGCCCAUGGGAGCUUUCAUCUUGCAGGAUUCCUCAGCAGGAUACUUCCGCCAUUUUGGUAAUGCAAGUCUGUGAUUUUGGGAACAGGGACCGAAGCACCGAGGAAACAGGAGAUCUGGAUUUUAUUUGCAGUGGCUUCCACCAAUGAGCCUCUUCUCAUCGCUCAGUGCCUCAGACAUCCCAGGUGUGAAACGAGGGUAACAAAACUUGCCUUCUCUCUACCUCUGCGUACUAAUGAAGGUCGAAUGCCUCUUAUCUUUUCUGAUACCACUAAAAUGCUGUUAAGUUCUGGAGAAGAAAUUCAGGAGUAAAAGAAGGUCUACCUGCUGGCUUCUUGAGACCCAUGACAACAUAAAAGCAGCGUUCGGCCUGGAACAGUUUGUUAGAGAGGGAUGCGGAUUUUUUAGGUAAUGCUGAGGCAGAACUUUUCUCAGCACAGAUUCUGUGUCAGUCUCUUUGGGCUUGUUCUGUUAUUGUUACCUUUUUGUUUAUGAUUUUAGUUUUUACUUUUUGUAGAAAUGGGAUGAAGUGGAGCCUUGUCUAGUACGUUGAGGGAAAAAAAGAAAUUAAGAUUUUUAAAAAUCCCCUAUAAAGUUAUUGUCUAAAGUUGUAUGUUUGUGUUCUAGUUCAACUACAGGAACGGUGAGCCUGGCUAAAGAAGUAGCUUCAUGGCAGAAUUCCUUCCUGCUGAAUUAUUUGCAAAGAUGUAGCUCUGCC